GUGACACUUGAUAACACUGUACUUUGGUACCGUACACUGAAGUAGGAAACCUAAUAGGUCUAUGGUACCGUACUAGAUAGGUUUUGUAGCAGGUACUUAUUUUGGUACCUAAAUUUGUGAUUACGAGGCGGAGAGUCUUACAGUAAUUUAUGUAAUGGCGUGUAAUACUUGUGCGAAACCUUUCAAUUUACUGCGGAAAGAAAAGGGAUGUCCAGGUUGUGGAUUUAGUUAUUGUUCAAAAUGUCUUGACCACAAAAUGUUUUUGGAGAAACUGAAUGCUGAAGCAAAGGUAUGUGUACAAUGUAAAAAAAAAUCUAAUUAUGAUAAAAAAAUAGAGCCUCCAUCUGCUUACUUCAAAUUAGCUACCGUUCAACCACCAGAUCCAAAUGAUAGCAAUACAAACUAUGCUGGAGCAUGCUCAAAAGACAAUGAGAUUUUAAAACGAUUACAGAACCUAAAGCAAGAACAAGUUCACAAGAAAGUUUCCACAGAUGACGAGAUUGCUCAGAGGCUUAAAAAUAUAAAAGGUGAACUUCCAUCAGCAAGUGUCAGUGAAAUUGAAGCACGACUGGCUAAUUUAAGAGGUGUACCUGUACAAUCACAUAGUAAGCCCAUAUUACCCACUCCAGAUUUAAGAACGGAACAGGAGCAGGCAGAUGAUUUGAUGAAACAGUAUUUGGAGCAAGUUAAUAUAGACACAAAAUAUAAAGAUGAUUUUAAUGAUAUAAUAGACAGUAUUGAAUCUAGAGUGCAAAAAUUGAAAUCAUCAAGUACCGAGAUAUCAGAAGAUAAAAGUAAAUUAUUGUCAAAUAAUAAUACAGAAUUAGAUGAAGAAGAAACAGUGAAUAAAAUAAUUGAAAAGGUAAUUAUGAUUAGGAUGGAGGUUUACUUCUAGGUACUCUGCAGGUCAACUACACCAUAGGCGGGUAAAUAACCAUAAGCCAUAACUCUUUACACAGAUAGCAAUAUUAUCAUUUUCUUAUAAUAUUCAAAGUAUUUAUUUGGGCUAUUUUUCUCUCUGCCUUUAAUUUGUUAAGUGCACUAUCAGGCUCAUCAUACUAUUUCACCUGCUGCAAUAUUAU